AUGCAAGCCCCAUUUUCAUUAUCCUCUAUGGGCGGUUUCGACGCCAGCGCCACUUCAAGUUCCCAAGGCUCCUCUCCAUCCAGCUUUUAUUCGACCCCCAGGCUCGAUGAAAGGGGCUUUACGUCGGAGACUAGCCCAGAGGGAUCCCAUAAGGACUUUACAGAACCGACAUUGAAGGACCUCGACAGUGUUUUGGAUUUAUCUGUAUUCGGCAUUUCGAUGGCAGGCGGUUCGAGCGGUACAUCGGUGGACGAAACGAUAGUCGAUCCAACACGUUCAGACAUACUCGGAGACCAUGUCGACCAAAAGAAUCUCCUCGACCUCACUCCGUUCGGUAUUAUGAAUGGACGCUUGAAGCGGCAGACUGUCUCAGCCGCUGCUGGAAACGGUUUGACGACCGGUGACACCCUGGGUGGCGGCGGUGGCGUGAGACCCCAAGCUAGGGGUCAAGUUUCAAGGCCCGAAAGUGCGGUCCCACGAAUCACUUACACCGUCGCAAAGUCGUUGAGGGCAGUGGCAGACGAGGAUAACUGA